AGCUGCGGCGCCAGGGAAGGGUAUAUAAAGGCAGGAGCCGCGCAGCCCUUCCUCAGAGUGCAACAGGGAUCCCCAGAAACAGGAGGAGCAAGAAGGAGGAAGGAAGGAAGAGAGCAGCAGCACUACUACUACUACUGCUAAAGCCCUGGGCGCCUCUUUGCUUUUCCAAGAGAGCAAAGGAGCCAGGCUUCUCUGGAGCAGAGUCACUCUUCUCUCCCUCUCUCUCUCUAAGACUCCAGCCCUCUUUGGAGCUGAAGGGGGAAAAGGCAAGGCAAGGCAACACUAUCUCCAGCAGCACUCCUUGCAAGAUGAAUAACUCUCAGAGCAGGGGCUGUUGGGUCUUGGCUCUCGCCCUCCUUCAACUGGUCAACUGGGUUGUUUCUGCUUGCCCAGCAGCUUGCCAGUGCCCUCUGGAAGUGCCCAGAUGUGCCCCAGGAGUCGGGCUGGUCCUGGACGGUUGUGGAUGCUGCAAAGUUUGCGCGAAACAGCUCAACGAGGACUGCAGCAAGACGCAGCCGUGCGAUCACACCAAGGGGCUGGAGUGCAAUUUCGGCGCCAGUUCCACGGCUCCAAAGGGGAUCUGCCGAGCACAGUCAGAAGGGAGACCCUGUGAAUACAACUCCAAAAUCUACCAGAACGGGGAAAGCUUUCAGCCUAACUGCAAGCACCAGUGUACGUGCAUCGAUGGGGCCGUCGGCUGCAUCCCGCUCUGCCCGCAAGAGCUCUCCCUUCCUAACUUGGGCUGCCCUAACCCAAGGCUUGUGAAAAUCCCUGGACAGUGCUGCGAGGAAUGGGUCUGCGACGAUUCCAAAGACACUUUGGAAGAGUUGGAAGGCUUCUUCGGAAAAGAGUUUGGCAUAGACGCUUCGGAAGGGGAAUUAACCAGAAAGAACGAGCUGAUAGCCAUUGUGAAAGGAGGACUGAAAAUGUUGCCUGUCUUUGAAACUGAACCUCGCAGCCAUUCAUUUGAGAAUCCAAAGUGCAUUGUGCAAACCACCUCAUGGUCCCAGUGUUCAAAAACUUGUGGAACUGGCGUCUCUACCCGAGUCACCAAUGACAACCCAGGCUGCAGGCUAGUGAAAGAGACCAGAAUAUGUGAAGUGAGGCCAUGUGGGCAGCCUAGCUAUGACUCUUUAAAGAAGGGAAAGAAAUGUACCAAGACCAAAAAGUCCCAAGCUCCGGUCAAGUUCACUUAUGCAGGAUGCUCCAGUGUGAAGAAGUAUCGCCCCAAGUACUGUGGCUCGUGUGUGGACAGCAGAUGUUGCACUCCUCAGCAGACCAGGACUGUCAAGAUCCGAUUCCGUUGUGAUGAUGGGGAGACCUUCACUAAGAAUGUCAUGAUGAUCCAGUCAUGCAGAUGCAACUACAACUGCCCUCAUAUAAAUGAGGCCUACCCUAACUACCGGCUCUUUAAUGACAUCCACAAAUUUAGGGACUAAAUUGUGAUGUGUGCAGGCUUGAGCAGGAGUCUUGGUUUUGAAAAGUCUUUUCUGAAGUAACAGUGAAGAAAUAAACUUAUGGAAGUGGUGCCUUUGCCCAUUGGAGGGCAACACUGAGACACAAGAAUGCACUGUGCAACUGGAUACUAAUGCAACAGUUUGAGCAUAUUUAAAGCUUCAUAAUACUGGAGCAAUUGUAUUGCUUCAUUUUGGAGCACUUUCAUGAUUACUGAUUUCUGUUUGUUAAAUGGUCUGUUUAUGUUUGUCUGUUUGUUCUGGUUGUAAAAACCUUCAGUUCCCUACUGUUCAAUAUAAUACUUCACUUUUGUUGUUGUUGCAAAACAGCUUCGUGUUGGAGGUUACAUUCCUUCCUAAGGUGGGAACUUUUGGAGUUCUCAUCUAUGGCAGCUAUAGGUACCAGCUCUAUAUUUCAUACCCACAAACAGAAAUUGGUUGUUUUUAAAGCUGAAUAUUUUAUUUAUCAAAAUGUAGCUUUUUUUUGUUUUGGAGGAAAAAUGCCUAAUACUGGAAUAAGUUGUAAAUGAUUUAAUUUUAUAUUCAAUGAAUUAAGAGAAGUUUAUUUAUGGAAUUAAUCAUUUAAUAAAGAAAUAUUUACCUAA